AUGAGCGCAAGCGCCACGUCCACCGACGCGCUCGUGCUGAUGCUCAGCUCCGAGUCGGCCCGACGCGGCGCCUUUGCUAUCUCGCUCGACGUGAACCUACGCUUGACGCUGCUCACGCCAUAUCCACUUGGGUUUCCCCGCAUCCUGCCGUGGCUCCUCAGCUCUCCUCAUUUCGUCAUGGUCAUCGGGCCCAUGAAAGGAAAUAAGUCCAUAUUUUUGAAAUCACUUGGAGAGUCGGAGAGUAGCGGAGAGUCGGCGCAGGCGAUCAGAUCGAAUGGAUGCACUGGAGGACUGCUGGAGGGCGUGCGGGAGAUAUAUUUCCCGCUUAAAUGA